CAUCUACUGGAGAGAGAGGUGCUGGACUGGCCAGUAUCUAGGCUAGACUGAGUUCAGAGGCGCACAGCGGAGACAACCAAAAUAGCAAACCCAGGCUCACAUUUAUUUAUUUAUCCCCCAGCCUCUGGAUUUUGGUUUUUUUCCGGCGAUGGUUGGCACAUCAGCCAAAUGGGGGCUCCGGUGAUUCAUCUGCGCUUCAGAUUUCCCCGUAUUGCUCAAUUUCCUCCGCACCUCAGCCACUGACAGCGGCAGCCGGGAGCGGGGGUCCUGCUGUCCCGUGGAAUUAUCAAGGCAACCGAGACACAUGCAUGGAACAUGGCUGCGAUGAGGACUUUAACCGCGGCGGGUCUCUUCCUGGCGUUCUGCGCUCUGGGGCUGAUCGCAGUGGCGAUCGGCACCGACAACUGGUACGAGACGGACGCGAGGAGGCACCGGGAGCGCUGCAAGAAUUACUCGAACAAAAGGAACGACCCCGGCUACAUCUACAUCUCCAACAACAACCUCCCGCUCCGCAUGCUGCCCAAGGAGAAGAGCGUGGAGAGGAAGGGCUCCGGCGUCGGCGGCGAGAUGCUGCUGCGGGCCAAGCGGCACUUCUUGCCUCCCGCCUCGGCCAUGGAGUCCCUCUGCAGUCGGCAAUUCAACUCCACCAUCACGGGACUGUGGAGAAAGUGCCACCGAGAGGGGUUUGACUUGGAGACGGAGGAUUUGAUCUUUAAAGGAUUGGUUCCGCGCUGCACGCCAAUAAAAUACUACUACUCAUCCUCAACGCUGCCCAGGAACCUGCCAAUCAAUCUGACCAAGACAAUAAGGCAGGAUGAGUGGCACGCGCUCCACCUGCAGAGGAUGACUGCCAGCUUCGUGGGCAUGGCCAUAUCCAUCAUCCUGUUCGGCUGGGUCAUAGGCGUGCUGGGCUGCUGUAAGAAGCAUGAUCUCAUGCAGUAUGUCGCUGGACUUCUCUUUCUCAUGGGAGGGACGUGCUGCAUAAUCUCUCUUUGCACAUGUGUGGCCGGGAUCAACUUCGAGCUGUCCCGCUAUCCCCGCUACAUGUUUGGCAUACCAGAGGACAUCAGCCACGGUUACGGAUGGUCCAUGUUCUGUGCGUGGGGAGGACUGGGCCUCACACUGCUGGCUGGUUUCCUGUGCACACUCGCCCCUUCCCUCUACCCUCCACAAACCCCUGUGGUGCACAAGCCCAGGCAGGAGAAUGGCAGCGUGUGACAGGCCGCCGCACAUCUAACAGACACCUGUCUCAUCCUGAAACAGUGACGAGCCCUGUUCCAGAGACAGUUUCACCCAGGGACUCAGAGCAGUGGGAGCCCUCACACAGAGAAAGCACAGGACUCUGGCUCUUGCUCACAUGAAAAUGAAAAAUAAAGAGGUGACAUCUGACUGACUGAAGACGCUUUCAGCUCCUCUGGUGCUUUUUUCCGUCCCUCUUCAUGAAUGAACUGUUCAUUGUUAUUGCUUGCUCUCGAACAGAAGAAUAGAUAUACACAUUUUUCUUCCUGUAAAAUCUACUAGUUUGAGAAGAAAAGAAAAAAAACAAACAGAAAAAGAAAACACUGGCAGAAGACCCAUAGCACAACUUUAAAAUCUGUAUUGAAGGUGGAUGUGUACUGUCACAUUUCAAAGGGCAACUGUGUAUCAUUAUGUACCCAUUUAAAACAAGAUAUGUACAUGUACUUUUUAAACUGUAUGUAUGCAGAUGCAUUUGUGUUUAUUCAAGGAAAAAUAUGAGCAUUAAGACCAAACUGUGUUUGAGGGAAAUGUUUUGUUGUUCUUGAGGUCUGACCCCCAUCAAAAUAUUUUUGAAAAAUAAAACAGUCAUGCAAAA